AGACGACAGAGAGAGAGAUAGAGAGAGAGAGAGAGAGAGUAAAAAGAGAGGCCAAGUCGAUCAGAAAUACCGAUCAGAAAAUCUAGAGCUGAGCGCGCUUCUCUCCCAGCAUCUCUCUCUCCCCCACGCUGUGUGUGUGUGUGUGUGUGUGUGUGUGUCGCCCCGCCACCCCACGAAAAUAACAGUUAGCUUUCGCUAACGUUGCAGCUGUAAAGAAAGUGCAUCCAGAAGAUAUUAUCAGGGGAACGUGUUUGAAAUUUACAACAACAAUAAAGGACAGAGCACAGAGGGAGACAGAGUCGGAGAGGGAGACGGAGAGAGAUAGAUCCCAUCUAUACGAUCUAAGAUCUGCCAAGAUCGAAACCCUAUAUCAUUUAGAGAGCAGUCUUUGUGGGAAUCAUCACACACUUACACGGAUAGAAUCGGAUCAGAGAUCGGAAAGAUCGUUACAGCAGUCGCGCGUCAGCGACUCUCCAACAACAGCAGAUACCAUUCCAGAACGUACUGGUAGACCGUAGCGCCAUUUAAGACGUCAUACACGCAUAAAAGAAGUAGGAGACCAGAGUCUAAUUACGGUCCAACCAUAGGGCAAGCAGUGGGCCUGCAGAGUGCGAGAGCGGGACACAAUGAUUACCUAACGGGGCCGGGAGACCCAAACAAACAUAUUGCUAAGGGAAUUAAAAAGAAUACUUCAGCGCAACAAUAACAAAAACAGCAGAAACAACAACAGCAACAACAACAGCAACGAAAGAUGUUAAAUAUCCAAGAGGAGACGUCAGCAGCGACGCUGACGUCAGUGUCUGGUAGGGAGGAAAAUUGGACGAUGAAAAGGGAAAGAAUGAAGAAAAAUUGUUUGGAAAAUAAUGCAUUAUGCAAUAAUUAUGCAAUAACGACAACAAAUGAGGUAUUAGCUAAAACAGCAACAACAAAAACAACAACAACAACAACAACAGAAAACAUCGGAGCAGCAACAGCAACCACAUUAACAUUAUCGCCGCCCCACAAAAUUUGUGUCUUGUGUCGGCAACAAAUGACUGAGGAGACGUGUGGCUGCUGCUUGACGACUGCAGGAGAAGCAGCAUCAGAGUCUGCGACAUUGUCAAAAGCGGCAGCGGAGUCAUCCGAGGAAUCAAGCAGUUCCCCUGCAAGCAGUGAAUUUGAAUUUAAAUUAGUAAAACUAAGGUUUUGGUGCGAAGAUCCAAUAUAUUCCUGCGCCUGUGGUUGCAGAACGUAUUUCGAGCAUAAACGUAAACUUGAAUGCAUCCGAAAUAAUGACGAUGAUGAUGAUGAAUAUGAUGAUGAUUAUAGAAACAACACAAAGAACAAUCGACGGCUACUGCAGGAACACUUUAAUAUUUAUAGCAAUUGCCACAAUAUACUGAGAACGCUGCAAUCGUUGCUGCUGCUCAUGCAGAAUAGUGCCAUAUUCACAAAGCGACGUCGAAGGCAGCAGCAGCAGCAGCGGGAGCAGGAGCCACAAAACCAACUAAAACAAAAAUUUGUAAAUUAUACAAAAUUCCUAUUGCUGUUAGAGACAAUAUCAGCAGCAACCACAACAAGACUGAGUUUAAGCCGUAAAAAAUACAACAAAUAUAAUUCUAUACAUAAUCAACAACAACAACAACAACAACUAGGGAGUAAACGUGCCACAUCACAAGUUCAACGACAGCAUCGUCAACGAUUUCAUCACAAGCACCAACAUCAACAUCAUCAUCAUCGUCGUCAUAAUCAUCAUUUUUGGAGACCAAGGCUGGUCUGGAUAUUCGCCACUGGUCUGCUGGCCAUGCAUGCCACCACAGCCAUGCAACUGCAACCAGAUGAGCUCUACCAGGAACAACCCCAAGAACAUUUGCAACAGCAGCGUCAGCAACCACAGAGCGAUAUAUCCGAAAGAAUUGAAUUGCGAUUACGUCGAGCGAGCAGCAGCAGCAGCAGCGGCAUCGGCAGCAGCAGCGGCAGCGGCAGCAACAGUGGCAAGCCCAAUGAUCAAAUACGAUUGUCACACAACGAAAGAACCUGCAAAUCAAUGGACAUACGAAAUACCGCGAGGGAGUUCAGUCAGCUCUCGAACUGCACCAUCAUUGAGGGCUUCCUGCUGAUCACCCUGAUCAACGAUGCCGACCAUCUGAACGAGUCGUAUCCGCAGCUGACGGAGGUCACCGAAUACGUGCUCGUGUAUCGGGUGAACAAUCUGGUGUCGCUGUCGAAGGUGUUCCCCAAUCUGAGCGUGAUACGCGGCAACAUACUGUUCGAUGGGUACGCCCUGGUGGUCUACUCAAAUCGUGAUCUGCAGGACCUGGGGCUGUCCAAGCUGCGGGCCAUCGCCAAUGGGGGGGUGCGGAUCGAGAAGAAUCCGUCACUGUGCUUUGUGCACACUGUCAAUUGGCUGCACAUCAUGGCCGAGAAUGCCACCAAGUCGGAGGUGGUGCUGCAAACCAACCGCAAUGAGGCCACCUGCCCCAAGUGCCCGGGCGAGAUCAAGGGCGGAGACGUCCAGGAGAUGAAUGGAGCCAACGGCGGCGAACCAAGCGUCAGCUGCAAGGAGUAUCCGGAUCACAAGCGCUACUGCUGGGACACCAAGUCCUGCCAGACGAUAUGCCCCAAGGAGUGCCGCAAUAACUGCAUCGACGAGCACACCUGCUGCAACAAGGCCUGUCUGGGUGGCUGCAUCAGGGACAACAAUGGCCACAAUGACUGCAUCAGCUGUCGCUAUCUGUCGAUCCACAACACCACGUGUGUGGACACCUGUCCGGAGGGGUUCUAUCGGUACGACAGACGCUGCAUCACGGCCGAAAUGUGCGAACAGAUUGGCACGAAGUACGAGACCAAGGAGAUGCCUUUGGCCCAUUACAAUGGACAGUGCACCACACGUUGCCCCAAGGGCUAUCAAAUGGAGAACAGCACCUGCGUCAAGUGUCAGGGCCAGUGCGAGAAGACCUGCGAGGGCGAGCUGAUUGAUAGUCUGGUGCGGGCGAGGGAUUUUCAUGGCUGCACCAAAAUCGGACCCAACAACGGCCUCACAAUCAGCAUCAAACGGGAGGGAAGAUCACACAUUAUGGAGGCUCUGGAGUUUGGACUGGCAUCGGUGCAUACGAUAGAGACCUAUCUGAAGGUGCAUCUCACCUAUGGCCUCACUUCAUUGCGAUUCUUCAAGGCCCUGCGGGAGAUACGCGGCGCCCCAAUGCUGGAGAAUUUGUACGCCCUGUAUGUGCUGGAGAAUAACGAUCUGGAGGAGAUCUGGGCGCCCAAUCAGACGGUGUAUAUACGGAAUGGUGGGGUGUUCUUUCACUUCAAUCGAAAGCUGUGCGUGUCGACGAUCAACGAACUGAGGCCCAUGAUGGCCUCCAAGCCGGAGUCGUUCAACAAGAGCGAAGUGGCCACCGAUUCGAACGGCAAUCGAGGAUCAUGUGGCACCGCAAAGAUACUGGUUACGGUAGAGGGCACCCGGCCCCGAACGGCCUUUGUGAAGGUCGAUCCGAAAUCCGUAAUCCUAGGCGAUCCAGUGGGCUCGAACAAGACGAUAAGCAACACAUCGAUAUUUUUCAAGGAUCCGCGAGCCUUUAUUGGCUUUCAGUUCUAUCACAUGAUCGAUCCCUAUGGCAAUGCCACAAAGAGCAGCUACCAGCCAUGCGAUGACAGAUGGACCGUCAGCGAUCCCAUCAAGGUGUUUGGCCACAUCUUCUCUGAUCUGAUACCCUACACGCAGUAUGCUUUCUAUGUUCGAACCAUGGCCAUCUCCUCGGAGUCGACCAACGGCCAGAGCGAUGUCAUGUAUUUUCGUACAAUGCCUGCCCAGCCUUCGAUGGUGCCGGCCAUCACGGCCACCUCGGUUUCCAGUUCGGAAAUUCAAGUCAACUGGAAUCCCCCACGGUAUCCGUACAGCAAGCUAACGCGUUAUUUUGUGAAAGCAGAGCUCACCAUACGGACGGCCAAGGAUACCCCACAACGGAACUACUGCGUGGAUCCCAUUGCCAAGGCCGUUGACAAUGAGGUGAUUGUGGCCCCAACGCCGGCAGAGAAAUCCCCGCCGGACCCAUUAACACGCGAGGGGGAUUGCAAAUGCGAGGAGGGUAGCAGAAAGACCACCGACCGUGACCAGGACGAUCGCAGGAUACACGCACAGAUGGAGUUUGAGAACGCAUUGCAGAACUUUAUCUACGUGCCAUCGCCCAAGAAGGCCCAGGGAAAGGUCGGUGCAGGUGCAGGAGCAGGUGCAGCUGCAGGAGCAGUCGUGGGCUUGCUGCCCUCCGCUCUGGGUGGCGGCAACAGCAUUGACGAUGGAAGUGGUCCCGGUAAUGCCAUCCGACGGCGACGGGACAUUGACUUUGAGUCUGCGUUCGAUUUGCUGGGCGGGAGCUUCCUGUCGCGCCAUGUUCGUGCCCUCAAGGACGAGCCCCUGAACAUAUCCACACCGACUAUUGUGGAUCCCGAGGCCUGGGUCAACGAGACGAGGAUGUCGGCCAGCGGUGACUAUUACGAGGUACUCGGCGCCCAGGUGUGGGCCAACACGACUACCUUUUCGUUCAAGAGGCUGAGGCAUUUCACCCUCUACACGAUCUUUGUGGUGGCCUGUCGCGAGAAAGCGGGUCCCAACGACAAGGAGUCCAUUUGCAGUUCUAUGAAUCCCAUUUACAAGCUGACCAACAGGAAGGACGAUGCCGACAUGGCCCGCGAUCUGACUGUGACCCGGGAGAACGCGAAUAACACGCAAUCCUCUGUGCGGCUGCGUUGGCUGCCGCCCAGCGAUCCCAAUGGCGAUAUUGUGGCCUAUGAACUGGCCUACCGCCUGCAGAAGCCCGACCAGGUGGAGGAGAAGAAGUGCAUCCUAGUGGCGGACUUCCUCAAUCUCACCGAUGGCUAUCCCCUGCACUUGAACGAGGGCAACUAUAGCUUUCGGGUGCGUGCCAACUCCUUGGCAGGGCAGGGCAUAUACUCGGACUUUGUCUACAUGAAUGUUCAGCCCCGACUGAGCUUGGAGAAGUACUUUAUCUGGUUCUCGGGCAUCGUCUGUGUCCUGGUGAUUGUCUGCCUGAUGGUCUAUGUGCGGCAUCUGCGCAAGAAGGGCCGUCCCAACGACCUGCACAUGAACACGGACGUGAAUCCGUUCUAUGCGAGCAUGCAGUACAUACCGGACGACUGGGAGGUGCUGCGCGAGAACAUCAUCCAGCUAGACGCGCUCGGACAGGGCUCCUUUGGCAUGGUGUACCAGGGAAUACUGAAAUCGCUGCAGGGUGGCGGCGAUAAGGAGUGCGCCAUCAAGACUGUCAACGAGAAUGCCACCGACAGGGAGAGGACUAAUUUCCUCAGCGAGGCCAGUGUGAUGAAGGAGUUUGACACGUUCCAUGUGGUCCGACUGCUGGGCGUCUGCUCGCGUGGACAGCCCGCCCUGGUUGUCAUGGAGCUAAUGAAGAAGGGCGAUCUGAAGUCUUAUCUGCGCGCUCAUCGGCCCGAGGAGCGGGACGAAGCAAUGCAGGCGUAUCUGAACCGCAUCGGCGUCACUGGGAAUGUUCAUCCGCCCACGUAUGCCCGCAUCUAUCAGAUGGCCAUCGAGAUAGCCGACGGCAUGGCCUACCUGGCGGCCAAGAAGUUUGUCCAUCGCGAUCUGGCGGCCCGUAACUGCAUGGUAGCCGAGGAUCUGACGGUGAAGAUCGGAGACUUUGGCAUGACGCGCGACGUUUACGAGACCGACUACUACCGCAAGGGCACCAAGGGCCUGCUGCCCGUACGCUGGAUGCCGCCGGAGAGUCUGCGCGAUGGCGUCUAUUCCAGUUCAAGCGAUGUCUUCAGCUUCGGUGUGGUGCUCUGGGAGAUGGCCACGCUGGCGGCACAGCCCUAUCAGGGCCUGUCCAAUGAACAAGUGCUGCGAUACGUCAUCGAUGGUGGCAUCAUGGAGCGGCCAGAGAACUGCCCCGAUGUGUUGCACAAGCUGAUGCAUCGCUGCUGGCACCAUCGACCGUCCGCGAGGCCCAGUUUCCUGGACAUUAUCGCGUAUUUGGAGCAGCAUUGUCAAGAUUCGGAGUUUAAGACCGUGUCGUUCUAUCACUCGGACGCCGGACUGGUGCAUCGCGAAAAGGAGCGCAAGGAAAGAAGUCAAAAUGAUGCCUUCGCGGCAGUGCCGCUGGACCAGGACCAGGAGGAUGCCACCACGCCGCUAAGGGUGGGCGAUUAUCAGGGCUACAAGUCCAACAUGGACCACAACUCAUCCCUCGACCAGCCCGCAGAGAGUCCCAUUGCUUUGGUGGACGACCAUGCCACCCACUCGCCCUUCAGUCUGCAGUCUGGAUUCAUUGUAAGCAGCACGCCCGAUGCCCAGUCGACGAUGCCCACGGCGGGGGCCUCGCAUGGCGACGAUGCGGCCGCCUAUGUCCAACCGGAUGCCGAGGCUUUGGCCGCCGAUCGGGGGUACGAGAUCUACGAUCCGAGUCCGAACUUUGCGGAGCUGCCGACGAGCCGGAGCGGCAGCACCGGUGGUGGCGGCGGAGGCGGGAAGCUGAGCGGGGAGCAGCAUUUGCUUCCGCGAAAGUCCCGCCAGCCUGUCAUUAUGAGCAGCUCGAUGCCCGACGAUGUGAUUGGGAUUGGAGGAGGCGGUUCCUCCCUGCAGCCUUCGACGGCUUCGGCGGCCAGCUCCAAUGCCAGCUCCCAUACGGGCACAAGCGGCGGCGGUGGCGGCCGCUAUCCCAGCCUCAAACGGGUCGUUGCCGACACGCUACGGAACAGGGCCAACAUCUUCAAUCGGCAUCUGUUUAACCACAAGCGGAGCGGCAGCAAUGCAAGCUACAAGAGCAGCGCCUCGAAUGCACCCAGCACCAGCAGCAACUCGAACCUCACCAGCCAUCCGGUGGCCAUGGGCAAUCUGGGUACCAUCGAGAGUGGCGGCAGUGGCUCUGCGGGCAGCUACACGGGCACACCCCGCUUCUACACGCCCACGGCCACGCCCAGCGGAGGGGCAUCGACUAUUAUCAGCGAUAAUCCCAACUACAGGCAACUGGACGAGUCCAUAACGAGUGGAGGGACGACCAGGUCGCCUGGGAACUCGUGGAGCCAGCGAACGGAUAGCGAACAAGCCACGAUACUCACUACGAGCAGUCCGAAUCCCAACUACGAGAUGAUGCAUCCCACAACGGGUGCGGGACAGGGACAGGGGCAGGGACAGAGUCAGAGGAAUUCCAACGCCAAUGCAGGGGCAAACGAAAAUCCCAACUAUGUGCUGAUGAGCGAGCCAGAGCUGGUCAUAAGCAGCAAUCCAAGCUAUGCUUUCAUGCAUGCCCCACAGUCCCGUCUGAGCAGCUCCGAUGACGACAACGACCUGGAGGAGGACGACGAUGACGACGACGACGAGGACCUGGAUGAUGAGCACGUGGAGCACAUCAAAAUGGAGCGCAUGCCCCUGAGCAGACCCAGACAGCGGGCGGUCAGCAAACCGCAACCUCAGCGCAGUCGAAGUGUCAGCCAGACGCGAAAGUCUCCCACGGCAGCGGCGAACUCUGGAGCGGCGGCAGCAGCAGCAGCAGCUGCUGCAGCGGCCAGCAAUGUUUCGAACUUGCUGAAGGAGAACUGGCUGCGGGAGGGCAGCAGUUCGACGCGACCACCGCCACCCAAUGGAUUUAUUGGACGUGAAGCGUAGACGGGACAAGACGAGAGUGUAAAUAGAGUGGAAAUGGAUGUCCAAGGGAAAUGUAAAUUCGCUUCGAUUAACAAUUAGGAUUAGGACCCCCCCCACAUCUAUGUAUAAACUGUAAUCAUUUUCGGAUUAAGCCUAUUUAUGUUAACGUAUUCGUUUAGUAUUUACACACGACAGUUUUUGUUUGUUUAAAUCAAUGAACUAGAGCCGUUAACACAAUACAAAACAAACAGAAAAACAGACAGAAAGCGAAAGCGAAGCAAAAACAACAAGUCCUACAUGCAAAUAACAAAAGUACAAAAGCCAACAACCAACCAACCUAAGUACCGAUUAAAUAGACAUACAAAUUCUACCAAUUACCAAUUAUAAAUUAUUGAAUUAUGAACCAUUACCUACUACUUCUACUUAUACGUUAUGUAUAUUCAUAAUUAUCAUGAUAAUUUUUAGUACCUACCAAAACGCGUUCAAUGGAAAAUGCAAAUAGCAAAGAAAAAUAAUGGAAAAUGUACAACAAGCAGAACAAGAGAAAACCGAAACAGAAACUACACAAGAAACAAGCAAUACAAAAUACAGAACUACUGUCUUCACUGAGUUUAGCUAGAGCUAGUUAUAAUUGUACCCCCCAUCCCCCGCUCCACCCUCCACCAGAGAGAUCCAACGGAUAUAUAUACACCAUAUACAUACAUAGAGAUAUGUAGCACACACCCACACACACUAUAUCUAAAUGUACUCAACUAAUUUUACUGCAUGCAAGCAAUUGUUUUUAGUGCGUUUAUUUUAGAAUUGAAUGCUUGGAUUUUAAUUUAUAUUUCUAUUUAUACUGAUUACUUCUUUUUUUUGUUUUACCAAGUGUUGCUUGAUUGUUUCUUAUAUUUCUCUGAUUCUUCUCCCUUUUUACAUUUCAUAAUUGUAAUAUUUAUUGUCGUUUGUACAUAGAAUUUUGUAAAUUUUGAAUGGAGCGAGCGAGGAGUACCAUCCAAUCUAUUUGGAUGGCGGAUGUGUAUGUGCAACCAUCAAGCGAGCGGCCGAGGCGCAAAAACUUUUGUUCAAUUACAUUUCUUUUCUAAAUUAAUUUCUGUUGAAGCCAAGCUUCGGAGAUGGCGAAGAGGAGAAUAAGGAAAACCACGUAACGUAAUGUCAAAAAAAAAACUGAGAGCUUAAGUAACUGAUGCAUCAUAUACAUAUAUGUAUACUAAAUAAGUAUAAAAUAAUUGUAUACAAUCUGCUGGUCGUUUUUAAUGCUGUCUGUAUACUACGCGAAAAGUAGAAGCAAAAGCAAAGCAUUUUAUGUACUAGCUGUAGAUGAGAAAAGCAAAGCAAAACACACACAUCCAUAGACUCACAUCCGUACAACAAGAACAUCUUUCACUAGAAGACCCUAGAUAAUAUUAUCUGCCAUACGCCAUAAACUCAAAUAUGAACAAGAAACCGGACGGAUUUUGUUUUUUCUUAAAACUUAAUUUUACAAUAGACAAAUUAUAUAUACACACAAACACACACCCACACAUAUAUAUUUACAUAUAUAUGGGGCCCUAUUUAUGAACUGAACGUGAUAUGUUUUGCUGAGUGUACUAUCCUGACAGUUCUAUGAAUUCUAGCAAAAGAAAACCCAAUCAACCCAACAACCACAUUUCAUUACGAGAACCUCACACAGAACAUUCUCUUUUAAAACCAGAAAUCAGAAACCAGAACCAGAACAGCAACGUUAAACAACUGCAACAAAUGGAAUUUUUAAAUGAAAAAACAACAACAACAACAACAAAAGUAUUCGAUAUUUGCCUUCGCUCUUUAUAUUAUUAUAUUUAACUAUACACGCAAAAAUUUAUAUUUAAUAACUAAAAGAAAAAAAGAAGAAGCAAAAGCAAAAGCAAAGCAACGUAAAACAAAAGCAGAGAUCGCAUGUGCAACGUUUAUUCUGCUUUUCUGUGUCUUUUUCUUUUUUAAUAGAUGCAAGGCGGAAACAAGGAAACACACUAAAUAUUUAAAUGAAUUAUACAAAUUGCUUCUGCGCAGAAGAAACCACAUGAACUAAUAUUAAAACAAAAAGGAAAACACUAGUGCUAAUUAUAUAAACAAAACUGGGAAGCAAGCGAUAUUUACACUGAAAAAUGAAGUAAAAAACUAUUAAAAAAA